UUCUCCAAUGUUAUCGUCUGUCUAAGAAGAAACACACACACACACACACACACAUAACAAUGGCUUCCCUCUUUGUAUGCACUCCUUCUUCUUCUUCUACUUCUUCUCCUUCAAAUUUCUCUGCAAUUUUCCCAAAUUCCUCAUCUUUCAAUCCACAAUCUCCACCUCUCUUCCAAAUUCCAGCUUCUUACUUCAACAGAAAAAAUACACUCAGAUUAUUUUGCUCCGCAGCAAAACAACAAACUGGGCCAGUGAAAAAACAACGUACAUCUCCAAAUAAUACCAAAAAGAAAAAGAAAAAUGUUUCAAAUUUCGAAGGUGAAGUGGAUGUUGAAGUUGAAGAUAAAGAGGCAGAACAUUACGUUCCGUUGCCGCUACCUAAACCGCCAGCUGGGUUUGUUUUAGAUGAGCAGGGUAGAGUUCUUAUGGCUUCCAAUAAGCGUAUUGCUACAAUUGUUGAUUCUACCAACAAUUUUCCACUGGAAUGCAUCAUCAGGAGGGUUUUUAGAAGUUCACGAGAAGAUGAAUGUUUACUACUCUGCCCUGUUGAUAUGCCUGUUCAGAUUUUAAAGAGCACAAAUGUCGAGGGAUGGUCUGCUGUAAGCGAUGAAGAAGUGGAAGCUAUCCUACCAACUGCAGCCUAUGCUCUAGCCAAGAUACACAUGCAUCUUGUGUACAGUGGAUUCUGUUACACAGCACGAGGAGGAUUUUGCUACACGGAGGACGACAUAUUUGAAUUCAGAACAGAUGAUGGUGACGAUGUAGAUGGUUUGCCAAGUGAAGGCAUAGAAAUCACAUGCUUCCACAUGGAUGGUUCCCACUACAUGAUUUAUACACCUUCGGACCCACUUCUCUUUGUUGCAGUGAAGGGCAAAGAUGGUCUUUUGCAGAUAGCUGACGAUGAACUCUUGGAAGACCCAGCCAUCAUCAGCGCCAUAGAUGAGGAGACUGAAUUUAAUGCCUUAGUGGAAGAAGAGGCUGCUCUUCUUGAAUCAUUGUUGGGGGAAAGAUGAUCAGCUUUCUAUACUUCUUUAGGUUUUGAGAUUUUGCAAAUUCUCUUGGUAUUGUCUUUCGAUUUGUGUAUAGUAAUGUCUAGAUCUUUAAUCUGUUAGAUGGCCUAAUAUGUCCCUUGAUGCCCUCUGUUCUUUUGUGAAAAUUUAUACUUGCUCUGGUGCUCUCCUUUUCCAGUAGUUACAGUGCCAAGAGAAGUAUCAUAGUGGAGCAAUUUAUGCAGGGUAUUUUACUAUGUACUUUGUGAAUUACUUAUGAUGCAUUAUAAUUGCUCUGCUGAGAUGAUUUUUGCCACGAAAA